GCCCGGACGUGGCACUCGGCAGAGCCCUAUAACCGGAUCAGCGUAAAGCUAAUACACGUCAGUUUUGCUGAGGUUAAUAUCAGUCCUUCUUUCUUACAAUAUAUUCAGACAUCAUCGAGCGAAUAUGGGGCUAACAAUCUCGUCGAUCUUUGAGCGGAUGUUUGGCAAAAAACAAAUGAGGAUUUUGAUGGUUGGGCUCGAUGCUGCCGGAAAAACAACUAUCUUGUACAAAUUGAAGCUUGGUGAAAUUGUGACCACCAUUCCAACCAUUGGUUUCAAUGUGGAGACAGUAGAAUAUAAAAACAUCAGCUUCACUGUGUGGGAUGUGGGUGGCCAGGACAAGAUCCGACCUCUCUGGAGACAUUACUUCCAGAACACACAGGGCCUCAUCUUCGUGGUGGAUAGCAAUGACAGAGAAAGAGUGGCAGAAUCUGCAGAGGAGCUCACGAAGAUGCUGAAUGAGGAUGAGUUGAAAGAUGCCGUGUUGCUGGUGUUUGCCAACAAACAGGACCUUCCCAAUGCCUUAACAGUGAACGAACUCACAGACAAACUUGGCCUGCAGACCCUCCGCCACAAAAAUUGGCAAAUUCAGUCUACUUGUGCCACCCAGGGUGCUGGGCUGUAUGAGGGACUCGAAUGGCUAUCCAAAGAGUUAACCAAGAACUAAAGAAGGCUCAGCCUAACGGAGAGAUGAGGCUCAACUCCACAGAACCGCAGAGAAGGCACAGACAUUCAAUCCAGAAACAUUUGCUCUUCCGGAACCAAUGUUGACCAAAAGGACUAGGCUGGUGGACAAUGUAUGAUUGUCUUUGGGAAAUUUUAAUACCACAUCUUUUUUUCUUAUCAAAAAUAUUACCUUAUUAUCUUGUUAUAGUCCUGUUUUUUGUUUUCUCUUUUUUUGUUCCCUAACUCUUACAUGGCAACAAUUUUCUAAAUAUGCAUUCAGUUGCGUGGUGAGCGAAUUGCCGUAAAGGGAAAUUGAAUGGAAACAAUAGCUGGAGUGAAGGAAGUGUUUUUUCCACGUGUUACCUCUGCUUCUGUCUUGGCAGAAUUUGCAGUAAUUGACCACUUGUAUAAUUUGAAUGACUUUGUUGGCCAUUGAGCUCGGAGCUGGCGGAUCUGAUAAUACAACUAUAGCUUUGGUGAGGGGCGACCCGUCGGUUCCCUGCGGCUUUUCAUCUCUUUACUCCUCUUUAUUUGACUCCUGCACAUAACUGAUCCUUUGCUCUUUACCGCUAUAUCUCGUACGUACUCACGUCCUUUAAAGGCUUGUGGCCCGUAGAGUGAGAUGGAUGAGGAAUCCAUCUGUGUGCCUUCUGGUCCCGUUUAACACAAAUCUGACUAAUCCUUUUUGCAUCUCAUUCUUAGGCACUUUAGCGCUUAAGUGACUGAAUAUUAUGACAAAACACAUUUUCUUCUGCAGUGUAUGCUGACAUGCAGCAGAGCCGCACUAGUGUAAAUGUAGAUUGCUUCUAUCAACUAGGAUUUCAUACCAUUUAUUUCUAACCUUUUUAUUUUUACAGCCACCAUGGAUACAUCAGGAUUUGAUUUGAUUUUUAUUUCUGCUGACACUCUUAACAGAAAAUCUUUUCCACUCUAAAAGGAGGAAGGAAGCGCCUUGUUUGUGUGGACACAUGGCCGACACAAUAAAGCAGCACGUUUUUGUUUGUUCUGGUUUGUUGUAGUGUCUGAAGGCAAAUACUGUAAACAAAAACAUACUUGCCCUAUUUCUUUUUGUGUGUACAUUCCAACCUAUGCUUGCAGAUGCUGGAGCUGUCACUCUUAAAAUGUUUCCCAAAAAACAUUUUACAAAAAAGCUCUUAAUAAAGACUGUUAAAACCAAUUUA